AUGGCCACAAGAAAAGUCCUCAUCCUCGGCGCGACCGGAAAACAAGGCUCCGCCGUCAUCGACGGCCUCCUCAACCUCCCGCGCGCCAGCCCUUCCCUCGAGCUCCUCGCACUCACAAGAAACCCCGCCUCGGCCAAGCUCAAGUCCCUCUCCGAGGCCGCCAGGCCCAAGGGCAUCUCCCUCGUCCCCGUCGAAGGCGACCUCAAGUCGCCUAUCCCCGUCUUCCGCGCGCACCCGCGCAUCGACACCUCCUUCAUCGUCACGACCCCCGGGAAUGAGCACGUCGUCGGCAAGGCCUGGGUCGACGCCUCCAUCGACGCCGGCGCGACGCAGAUCGUGCUUACCUCCGUCGACCGCGGCGGCGAGGACAAGUCCUGGGAGAACCCCACUGACGUCCCGCACUUCUACCAGAAGCACGAGAUCGAGGUGCACUUGCGCGACCGCGCCGACGAGCUCGAGAAGAGCGGGCGACGACUGAGGUGGACCAUCCUGCGGCCCACCGCGUUCCUGGACAACACCAACCCGGGCAUGUUCGGCAAGGUGUUUGCGUCGAUGUGGUCCACCCUCCCGGCCGACCGCUCCCUGCAGUUUGUCUCUGUGAGAGACAUCGGUCUGUUUGCCGCGCGAGCGAUCGCGGAGCCGGAGAGGUGGGACCGCCGGGCGCUGUCGCUGGCCGGCGAGGACAUCACCUACGCCAAGGCCCGGGAGGUCUUCAAGAGGGUUGUUGGCAGCGAGAUGCCGCAGACGUAUGGGUUCUUUGGGCGGGGCAUGAUGUGGGCGAUUAACGACGUGGGAAGGAUGUUUGAGUUCUUCAAGAGAGAAGGCUAUGGGGCGGACAUUCAGAUGUUGAGAAAGGAAGAGCCCAGAUUGCAGGAUUUUGAGACUUGGUUGAAGGAGAGCAGUGAAUGGAAGAAUGAGAAAAGCGGUAUGUAA